AUGGCCAAGGGAGGUAACCUGCAUAGGAAUACCUUAAAAAAUGACCACAAGCCAUUCAAGUCGAAACAUGCCACGAAAGGCCAGUUGAAAAACCAAUACAAGGGUAAAGUCGAAAAGAGUGCCAGUUCGGGAAGCGUGUCCAAGCCAUUGGACAAAGUUGCGAGAAAGAACUUGGCCAAGCAAUUGAAAGGUAACAAGAUUCUAGAAUCAAAGUUGGCAAAGAGUCUAUUCGAGGGGAACUCGGGAGCGCAAAAGAUCAUCACAAUAAUAUGCUUGACCAACGAUUUAUCUCCCGUAGAUAUUGCCAACCAGUUAUUCAACCAAGAUAAAGAACAGCCUCAAGCGGAGUUCCUGUAUCCGGGAAUACUGAACUUGCAAAUCAAGAAAUUCAAAUCAAACUUUAAAGUCAUCUUGCCCAACCAGAACAGCAUAUUGGAUGUUCUAGAUGCCGCGAAAGUAGCCGACUUUGUCGUGUUUGGAGUCUCGGCAACGCAGGAAGUGGAUGCAGCCUAUGGAGAAAAGGUCUUGCGAGCGUUGUUGGCUCAGGGUAUCGGCUCCGUGGUCGGGGUCUUGCCCAAUCUUGCGACCGCAUACCCCAAGCGAAACCUCCAGCUCGAUGUGAAACAGUCACUACAGUCGUUUUUCAACCACUUUUUCCCCGCCGAAGAUAAACUUUACAUGUUGGAACUGGAUUCCGAAAACUCAAACUGCCUUCGGUACUUGUGCCAAAAAUUCCCGCAACUGGUCACAUGGAGAGACUCGAGAAGUUGGCUCGUGGCAGAUACACUCACCGCUACGGAAGACGGGAUAGUUGUCGAGGGAGUGUGUCGAGGCACGGGGUUCAAUGUCAAUCGAUUGGUCCACAUUCCAGGCUUUGGAGAUUUCCAAGUCGACAAGAUUGAAAAAAUUGCCAAAUCGAGCAGCAAGAAUCGUAACGAGAUGCAAAUCGACGAAGAUGUCGAGAAUUCAUUUUUGCCUGAUGAUUCUAGAGAUACGUUGGACGAGUUGAAUCCUGAACCGAUUGACGAUGCCUUAGUUGAUGAAGACAACAUGUGGGAUGACAAUGGGGCAUUUGGUGUGCGGUCGGAAGGCAAAAUCUACUUUGAUGACGAUGCCAGCGCCUCACAAAUUGCGAAACGAGUGCCCCGGGGUACCUCUGAAUACCAAAAGAAAUGGUUUGUGGAAGAUGUCUUGGAUGAAAAUGCCUCCGAUUUGGAAGAUGAAGAAGCAGAGGCAGAGGUAGAAGAAGAAGAAGUAAUGGCAGAAGAGGAAGAAGAAGGAGAAGAAGGACAAAAAGAAGGUGCAUUUAUCAAUGCCACCACCGACUAUGCAGACUCCGAAAUGCACAUAGACUUAUCACCCGAGGAAGAGCAGCGUCAAUUGGAAGAGUUCCGCAAAGCCGCCAAGGAAGAUCUUGAAUUCCCCGACGAAAUCGAGUUAAACCCACAAGACUCGGCAAUUAAAACCUUGCUGGCGUAUAGAGGCGUGAAAUCACUUGCCAAUUGCGACUGGGAAGUUGACGAAAAAGACGUGGAAAAGCCAAGCAUAUGGCAUAGGUUGCUACGCAUAUCCAACUUCAGAGCCACCAAGAACCGUGUCAACAAGGAAUUCAUCAAACACGUUCAGAUCCAACCAGGCAAUCGCAUCAAGUUACUCAUCAAAGCACCAACGGCAAUUUUCGAAAAUGUCGAAGUCAAUGUGAAACCAUUCACGGUUUACGAGUUGCUCGAACACGAACAUCAGCUCGCCAUGGUGAAUUUCUCGUUUGAAAACUGGGAAGAAUACGAAACACCCAUUGCCAAUAAGGAGGCCAUGAUUGUACAAUACGGACCACGAAGACAACUCAUCAACCCUAUUUUCAACCAGGGCUCCAACACGAGAAACAAUGUACACAAGCAAGAAAACUACCAGCAUCAAGGCAUGUCAACCAUCGCCACUGCCAUUGCACCGGUCUUGUUCACCAAUGCACCCGUGGUGUACUUCAAACCAGGUGAAACUAAAGGAGACGUCGAAUUCAUCGGCAAAGGUUCAUACUUGGGCUGCGAUCAUACUCGUAUCAUUGCCGAACGAAUCGUCUUGACUGGCCACCCAGUCAAGAUCCAUAAAAAGGUCGUUACUGUACGUUAUAUGUUUUUCAAUGCUCAGGAUAUCAAUUUCUUCAAAGCUGUUGGGUUAUUCACCAAGAGUGGAAGACUGGGGUUCAUCAAGGAAAGUUUAGGAACUCAUGGCUACUUUAAGGCCAAUUUCGAUGGGAAGUUGACGUCUCAGGAUGUCGUUGCCAUGAGCUUGUAUAAGCGUGUAUGGCCCGAGAUCUCAACUAUGUAUGAAGCGUAG